GCGGGCGGGCGCACCCACACGGACUUCGUACGUCGUAGCUGCAUGCCUGGUGGCGGCAUGCUCACUUGCUAGUUCGGGACAUGUAACUCAAGAAUCGCACUAGGCGUCUCUCGCGACUUCAACCUCAAAGGGGACACUCAGGUUGUUGCCGACUGAAGUGAACCGAGCCUUUCCCUCCACCGCCGCUAAACCACCGUCGGGCGACGCUCAAACACCAUCGAAUGGUGUCCAUCAAGGCCGGGCGGCGGCCGUCCGACCCGCGCCCGCCGGCUCCGGCCGACAACCCUGAGGAGGCCCGUGAUGCCACCGAGACAACGCCCCUGCUGGCCGGGAGACAGCUCGCCCCGGACGACGGCGACACGGAAGCCGCUGCGUCUCUGCUGGUUCGCAGUCGCAAGGACGACGACGAGGACGACUCCCUCGACAGCCGAGGCUGCUUGUCGGCUGAUGCUGGGGUCGCGCAGGACGGCCUCAACAAGGGCAAGCCGCUGCCCAAGUUGCAAAUCUUCCUCCUCUGCUACGCGCGCAUGAUGGAGCCCAUCGCCUUCUUCUCCAUCUUCCCCUUCAUCGCGCAGAUGGUGCAGCAGAACGGCCGGCUGCCCGAGUCGGACGUCGGCUUCUACAGCGGGCUCAUCGAGAGCAUCUUCUCGGCGACGCAGAUGGUCGUGCUCAUCUUCUGGGGCCUCCUCGCCGACCGCGUCGGCCGCAAGCCCAUCCUCCUCGUCAGCCUCGUCGGCAUGACCAUUGGCCCCGCGCUCUUCGGCGUCGCCCGCUCCAUCUGGCAGAUGAUUCUGUUCCGCAGCCUGGCGGGCGUCUUCUCCGGCUCGAGCCUCAUCAUCCGCACCAUGAUGGGCGACCACAGCACCCCCGAGACGCAGGCCGUCAUCUUCAGCUGGUUCGCCUUUGCGGGCAACGUGGGCAUCUUCCUGGGCCCCAUCCUCGGCGGUGCCUUGGCCGACCCCGCGGAACAGUAUCCUGGCGUCUUUGGCGACAACCAAUUCUUCAGGGACUACCCGUACGCGCUGCCCGGGUUCGUUGUCGGAGCCAUCAGCGCGACUGGGGCCCUGACGUCGUUGCUGUUUCUUGACGAGACGCUCAAGAAGAGCAAGGCGCCGGAUACGCUCCAAGGCAGCAGCGGCGCAUUGGUAAACUACAAUGAGGACGGCAAUGGUCACGUCGACGGGGAGCUUGUCAAGAUGUCGCUGUGGCAGCUCACCAGGGCUCCCAACGUCACCGUCGUCCUCUGGACGUACGGGCACAUCAUGCUCCUGGCCUUUGCCUUUACCGCCAUCUUGCCCGUCGCGCUGUACACGCCCGUCUCGCUCGGCGGUCUGGGCUGCAACGCGUUCCAGAUCUCCAUGUACAUGGCCGCGCAGGGAGCCAGCCAGGCGCUCUGGCUCCUGCUGGCCUUUCCGCUGCUGCAGCGCCGGAUGGGCACCAACGGCGUGCUGCGCCUGUGCGUCAUUGCGUAUCCCUUCUUCUUCAUCGGGUACAUGGUGAUGAACGGGCUGCUGCGGAGCCACACCGACGCCGCCAUGGUAUGGUUCUGGAUCCUGGGCUCGAUCGUCGUCUUCAUCGGCCCGGGCGUGUCCAUGUCCUUCACCGCGGUCCAGCUGGCGCUCAACGACGUGGCGCCCGAUCCCCAUCUGCUGGGUACGCUCAACGCCAUCGCGCUGACGUGCACCAGCGCGAUACGCUCCCUGGCGCCGGGCGCGUCGACCGCCAUCUACGCUGUGGGCGUGCGGAACCAGAUCUUCUACGGGCAUCUGGCCUGGGUGCUACUGGUGCCCAUCUCGGCGUCCCUGUUGUUUGUGCUGAAGCGCAUGCCGGCCGACAAGAGGCUGGCACAGGCUGUCGCAAGAUGAGACGGGAGGUGCCAGGGGGAGAGGGGAGACGGUAGAUAUACGCCGUCAUAAGAUGACGAAAAAGGGGGAAGCAAAAGGCAGCCAUUCCGCCAACUUUUGAGUAUGACUAGACAUGGCAUUAGCCAGUUGUUUGUAUUGAACUAAUUAUACAUGCCAAUACAUGGGCAUUUUUGUCAACC